AGGUAUCGCAACCGAGCAUACGCUUCCAUUUUCUCGAGCAUCUCGGACGGAUCGGUGAGCACGUGUUGUGUUUAGCCGGUCUCCACGCUCGCACGUCGAUUGGUUUAAGAGGAAGAAUUUUACGUGUAGCAACGUACUAGUUGCAGUCACCCCUCACUUGUGCGUGCCCGCCGCCUCGUGCACGACAGAGGUUAAAGCAUGAAUCCCGAGAAGCUCAAGAAGCUCCAGGCUCAAGUGCGAAUCGGUGGCAAGGGUACACCCCGACGCAAGAAGAAGGUUGUACAUGCAACUGCUGCUACAGAUGACAAAAAGUUACAGAGUUGUCUAAAAAAGCUUUCUGUAAAUACAAUUCCUGGAAUAGAGGAGGUUAACAUGAUUAAAGAUGAUGGCACAGUCAUUCAUUUUAAUAAUCCGAAAGCUCAGGCUAGUCUGUCUGCUAAUACAUUUGCUAUUACUGGUCACGGAGAAAAUAAACAAAUAACUGAAAUGCUACCAGGCAUAUUGAGCCAACUUGGCCCAGAGGGUUUAACACAACUGAAACGAUUAGCAAGUACAGUCGCUGGAAGUGCAGUCGGAAAAACUACAUUGGAAGAGGACGAUGAGGUGCCCGACUUAGUAGAGAACUUUGAUGAAGCUAGCAAAGAAGAGGUGGCUCCUAAAAAGGAACUGGAUGAAAAUGAUAAACCUAAUGGUGAAAAGAAAGACGCCAUUAUUAUUGAAGAAAAGAAAGAAGCCCCGUUAGCAACACCUGAAGCUUAAGAAUAAAUGCUAAGAUAUUUCAUACAACAAAGUUGUAACAAAUAAAUAAUAUGAUGAGUCAAGAGAAAUACAUGGCGCAGAAAUAAUAAAGCAUAACUAUACAUUACAAAUACUUGACAUACGCCCCAUGAUAUUUACUAAUACAAGUAACAGUUGACAAAAUAAAAAAAGCUGUUACAAAAAUCAAAAGGAUUCCCAGAGGUUUUUUUAUUAUUUUGGUGCUACCAGUACAAUAGUCUUUGCUUCGAAUUAGUCAACAUGUUUUUAUAGCUUCUAGUUAAUAUCGUGUGACGCUUUAAUUAUUUAAGAUAUUAACGGAAACUUGAGCAUUUAACUCAAUUACAGAGAGAAUUGUAACAGAAUUAAUAUUAUGCUGCAAAUUUUGUUAUUAAUACAUUGAUAUGAGAGAUG